CGGGCACCGAGUCGUCUGGCAAGACUGCGGGCACCGAGUCGUCUGGCGGAACAGCGGGCAUCCGAGUCAACUGGCGGGACUGCGGGCACCGAGUCGUCUGGCAAGACUGCGGGCACCGAGUCGUCUGGCAAGACUGCGGGCACCGAGUCGUCUGGCAAGACUGCGGGCACCGAGUCGACUGGCGGAACAGCGGGCACCGAGUCGACUGGCGGAACAGCAGGCACCGAGUCGUCUGGCAAGACUGCGGGCACCGAGCCAACUGGCGGAACAGCAGGCUUCGAGUCGUCUGGCAAGACUGCGGGCACCGAGUCGUCUGGCGGAACAGCAGGCACCGAGUCGUCUGGCACGACAGUGGGCUCCGAGUCAACAGGCACGACAGUGGGCACCGGGUCAUCAGGUAUAGGAUUGUCUGGCUCGACAGCGGGCAUCGGGUCACCAGGCAUCAGGUCAUUUGGCUUGCCAGCGGGCACCGCGUCAUCUGGCAAGGCAGUGGGCACCAGGUCACCAGGUAUGACAGCGGGCUCUGAGUCAAUUGGCACGACAGCGGGCACUGGAUCAGGUACCGGAUCAUCUGGAUCAACAGCGGGCAUCGAGUCAACUGGCAGAGGCAUCCGGCUGAAGAGAGGCAUCCGGCUGAAGAGAGGCAUCAGGCUGAGUAGAGGCAUCAGGCUGAAGAGA